UAGCCAACUUCGUCGUUUCCCUAGUUGCUGAAAGACCGCGCAAACAGACACGCAGUUACACAAGCACUUCUGCUACCACAAAUAUAAAUUACUAAUCGGCUGUUGCCGGUGUCUCCGAUCAAUAGGCUAGAUUACAUCGCACGGCGUCUAGGUCUUCACACAAGGGUUGAAUAAAAACAUUACAAAAGUACCAGCAGCGUAAAAAUCAGACAGUAUUCUGGUGAUAAUGCCUGGAGCAGGGGGUCAGCAACCCCAACGUACGACAUUCAGGCCUCCCUGGGUUAAAGAUGGAGGACCUCAACCCAUACCUAUGCCCACUGCACCAUGGACUCUUAAUUCGCGAAGAGACUCCACAACACAUACUGACGAAGCACCUGCUUUUACGAAAAUUCAACUCAAGAGCGUAUCGAAAUCGACAGAUGUAAAGCCAGCUGACAUCAGUUCGUCAACAUCAUCCUCGAGAGAAGGUCGUAAGUCGAGCAAAAUUACGAUUAUCCCAUCACAACAGCAACAAAAUAAGAACGAAAAGAAUACAGGUCAAACAGCAACGGCAGCCCCGUCAAACGUUCAGAAAAACGGACGAACGGAGCCAACUUCGAGACCACAGCUCGAACGCCAGACCCGCUUGGAUAAAUCGAGGUCUCGCAGCGAUCAUAUUGCUCUGUCCAAAAGCGAAAGCACAACUGGAGCCCCCACACUAUCAAAAAGUGCGUCAAGGGCUAACGUACCACCACCCCCACCACCAAGGCCACCACCUCCACCUCCCGCAAGAACUGUACUAAAAGACCUACCACCUCUUAGUGACAAACAACAAAAAACUCUGGAAAUGCUGAAGUCACGGCCACGUAAAAGACCAGACUGGGCCUGCAUGAUGAAAGAAGUGGAAAGCGGUAAAAAGCUUCGGCAUGUCACGUGUAACGACAGAAGCGCGCCUAUCAUCGAAAGAGUUAAGGUUACCAAAGUUGCCGAUGACCCAGCUGGCAGUGAACACUUUGUGUUUGACUCUGAAAAAUCUAAUCCGCAUAAUAAAUUAUUGAAACAAAUUCAAGAAGGCGUAAAGCUUAAAAAAGUCAUUACCAAUGAUAGAUCUAAGCCUAUACUUGAAGGCUUAAGAAAAUUUAGAAGACAGCUGACAAUCGAAGAACAGAUACAGAAAGCUGAGCAGGCGCCUAUUGAGGAAGAGGUUCCGGAUGAAAUGGAUGACAUUGAUGCCAUUCGCGAUGAUCUUCAAAGUACUAAACAAAUGCUGGCAUUAGAACUCAGAAAUAAAGAGGCCUUAGAAAGAGAAAACAGGAGGCUACAGGCAAGAAUUCUGAACCUUGAAGUAGAGUUGGAGCGGGAACGUUCACAAAAAACCGUUCAAGAAUACAAACAGCAAGAUCAAAAGCUUGCCAAUUCGUUAAAAAAGGAAGCCAAAGACGCUAGACAAGAUGCUGAGAGACUUGAGAAAGAGUUUGCUAUCGUGGCUGAAGAACGAGAUAAAGCUAAAAUUGAACUUGAAGAAAUGAAGGCAAAAUUUGCUAAUCUUGAAAAACGUAUGAAAGUUGGAAUGGCUUUGGCUGGAUGUCCAAGUGCCAAAGACGUAGCCAAAAUAGCAUCUCAAAAAAGUAUGGAAAAAACUGAUCUGGAAGAAAGUGAAGAAGAGGAAGAAUAUUCUGAGGAAGAAAGCGAGGAAGAUGAUCAAAAAAAUGCAGAGGAAAAACGUCAACUCAGAGAAAUUAAAUUAAUGAAAAUAAAAGUUAAAAAUUUCAAAGACAAAACUAUUAAUUCCAAAAAAGAGAGACAAGUACUGAAAGUACAAAUUAAACAACAACAAAACCUGUUGAAAGAAGAAAACAAAAAAUUUAAAGGUUUACAAAAAGAAGUUGAUAAAAUGGCAAAAUUAAUGGCUGGAGAUAACGAAGAAAAUGAUGAAGAAGAGGAUGAGGAAGAUGAAGAAGAAGAAGAAGAAGAAACUGAAUCAGAAGAAGAAUCUGAAUCCGAAGAGUCAGAAGAAGAUGAUUUUAAAACUGAUGAUGAAAAUGCUCCAAUAGAAAAACGUAAAGAAAAAUUACAGAACUGUGUAAAAAGACAUGAAGGUCGAUUAGCAGCAUUGAAGAAAGGCAAUUACUUGUUGAAAGCACAAGUUGAUCGCCUUAAAGAUGAUUUAGCAAAACAACGUGAGGAAAGCAUUUCUUUACAAGAAGAUCUAGAUUCAGUGUUAGCAGAACUAGGUUAAACAAGAAUUAUUACUUACAAUAAUAAUUGCAUAAUAAAUCAAGAAAUAUCUUUUAAUAUUUGAACAAUUAUAAAAUAACAAUAAAUGCUCCAUUAUUUGUCAAGUGAAUUUUAUAUAGGGUAUAUAGUCAUCUUAAGUUAACUAAAUAAUAUACAAAAAAUGGUUGAUUCAUAACUUUUUGUUUUUUAUAAAUUAUGUAAUAUUUAUUCAGAAUUAUAUACAUUCAGAUUUAUUAUUAUUUGUUGUCUUACAAAAGAGUAUUAAUUUCUUUAUGCAGUUAACACAUUAGAAUGUAAAAUAAUUUUUUAUUGUAUUGUAGAAAAUGGAAUUUGCAAAUAUCUAAGUGAUAAAGCAUAUCUAAAAAUAUAUAAAAGCUUCUAAAC